GCUCGGGCCCAUCCUUCUCUCAGAAAAGUUUUGAAUCCUCAAACCAUCUUCAAACCAAAUUCAACUUCAUAAAGUCCCGGCGGUGUCGAUAGUUUGCUUCUAAACGCCACAUCAACUUUCUGUUGUAAGAAAGAAGAAGAGGAGAAGGAGGAGUGGCAAAUGAUGCGAAGUUUUUGACCUCCCUGCAGCUGGUGUAAUUGAAGAUAUUGGACUAACAAAAUGCGUUCAAGUGUGGAUGGACCACCAUGCCCCCUUGGGAACAGAGACACUAAUAGCAGCAGCAACAAUAACAACCGUAACAGCAGUGGAAACUCAGGCUCCCAGUAUGCACUGUGUGCUUUGGGAGUUGGACUUAUCGCCCUUGGUGUUGUGAUGAUUGUGUGGAGUGUGGUGCCUGCAGAUGCAGCUGUUAAUGGCAGCAGCACCAGUCCAGGAGGAGGUAAUGUCAAUGAUCGGAGGAACAAAACGUCCUCUGUGGCAUUUGUGUUGGCGGGAUCUGGGGUGGCUUUGUUGCUGCUGUCAGUGUGUCUGGGAAUGAGAAACAAGAAGCGGGAGCGGAUGAGGCUCCAGGAGGCCCAGAAUCAGAGGGAAGAGGCCGUAAGGGAGCAAGAAGAAAGAGAAACUGCUGAGGAGCAAGCCCAACGGUAUUCUGUACCCACAUAUGAAGAGGCAGUAAGCAGUGGCCAGUACCCUGUCCGUCAGAGCAACUUUCGACCAAGUGUCAGCCAGCUGCCAUCCUAUGACGACCUAGUCCAAGUCGAUGUUAUACAGUAUGAGAACGAGAGGUCAGAGGUGACGACUACUGUAUCACAGAAUGUCCCAGCCUCCAGUGACCCUCCUGCUGCUGUUUCUGCAUCAAGUCAAAGACCACGGAAAAAUAGCCGCAACUUCCUCCCUAUCAAGAUCCGCAGAAUAAAGUCUGAGAAGCUGACCAUGAAAAACACUGAUAACUCUCAGCCGACAGCAGGACUCAGUAUUGAACCUCUCACUCCACCACCGCAGUAUGAGGAUAAAGUGCCUCCGCUUUAAGAUUAAGUUGAUCGUAUUUAAAACAGUGGAGUGAAAUUCGUGGAAUUCCCCAUGAUGAUCUUUUGUGGAUACAGAUCUGCCUUGUUAGGCCAUGCCUGAAGUAUGGUUUCUUGUAGAAAGCUUUCUUGUUCUUUGUUAUGGGGCAGAUGAUCUGUUGACAUUCAUCUUCAUGGCUCUUAACUCUAGAGUACCGAACAGAAGACUUUUUAUCAUGGCUCUUACUGGAUCCUUGAAACAGAAAUGGACAAUAGCCGGAUCCUUCCUUAAUGUGACAUAUGCGGUCAUCCUCUGGCACACUGGAUUAAAAUGGAGAUUUCUUGUAUGUUAUUUUAGGUUUCUAUUAACACAAUAAUCUAAUAGGAUGAGUUAACAGAAGAGAUCAUGGAACAAAAGUGAGUGGUAUCAUUGAGGAUUUGUGUGUACCUUUAAACAGAUAUGUGCACUCAUUUUAUGAAAUAGUGUUUUGCAAUGUAAGGCUUGGGAUCAGUGUUGCCUAUGCUUUAUCAAAUGUAAGCUCCACAGAGAGUGGCUAACCAUUAUUUGUAUUGUGGUAUCAUGCUAAAUGCAAAAAUGACCAGCAAAUCUCCUGGUUUAUGGUUUAUUUUUAUAAAGACAAGAUUAAACUAUCUACAGGUAUGAGUGGUCUAAGGCUGGUCGAGUAAUAGUGGGACUGUGGGCAGUCAGAAAUGGUCUAAAAUCAAUUAACUUCUGUAUUGGGGAUUAGAUUUUAAUAAAACUUGACACAAACAUGUAUUUCUACUGUUUCUAACAGUUUUGGCCAGAAUAGUGAGUCCAAAAAGGAGAAGAAGAAGAGAAAAAAAACACCCACAAAAUACUGCUCUGAUAUGCAAGCAAUUUAUCAAUUUACCACAGUUAGCUUCUUAGCACGCAGCUGCUAAGCUACAGAUGGCAUCUACAGAACAAAAAUUAAAAUUAAUUUGAGGUAUCUGUCAGGCUACGGGAUAAGUGCCUAGUUUUUACUUUUUGUUAAGCUCUUUUUUAGAUUCCGCCAUCUUAAAAAUAGCUGGGUCUUUAGCUUGCUAAAUGCUUAACUCCUUUGUUUACUUUCUGCUAUUCAUAGCUGCACUCAAGUAGCAUGUUGCCAGCAUGUCUGAGUAGACUCAUCCAUCUACAUGUUUAUUCAAUAAACUCAAAAACAUAUAAAAAUAUCAGAGUUGGUUAUUGAGGUACAACUUAAAUAACUUAUUGUCUGAAGUAGUUUGAUAUUUAGGGGAUGGGAUGUUAUAUCUGUAUUUUAUGAGUGAAACACAUACCAACGAGCACAGCAGUAGUGGUAACUGUUACUGGUCGUUACUGAGGUCAUGAUUGGUUACCAUCUAAGAGAUGCACUAAUGCAAAGUAAGUAAUAUAUGAAAGUAAAAGCUGAAACACUUUACGCUGUAGCCAUGGUGAAUUGUGAAUGCAGAUGUGUCUCUUCUCUCUUUUUAUUUAUUUAUUUUUAUCCAGGAUGACCAACAAAAACUCUCAUUGACUGUGCAGCUGCACCAUGAUAGCAGUAGCUUUUGCUGACUGCCCUGCUGAUCACCAUUGCUUCAGUGGGGAUCAGGCCUGAAGUCUGACAAGUCAAGACAGGAUUGCUUAACUUACAGCCAUGUCUUCACUUUAAAACUACACAGAGAGUGAGCAGAAAGAGAAGAGAGGAUUCUCAAGAUUUAAUUUAGAAAAAUGUCUUGAAUUGCAUAGGUGAUUACUUAAUACCUGCCAGCACACUCUCCUUUCUUCAUUAUGCUUAAGUAUAAAUAGGUGAAGCCAAAGAAACAGACUUAUGUUAUUCAGUUCAUUGUUACUCAUUUUGUGAAGUUGCACAGCUAAAGCUUUUCCUCUUUUGCAAGAGAAAAGCCACUUUUCAUGAAUACUGUCAUCAUCGAGUCAUCAUUUGUAUACAAGCUUCCCCAUUGUUGGAAAGCAAACAAUAAGUUCACCCUGUCUCAGUUCAGGGUUCCCAUCAGAAUUCAGCUACAUCACCUUUCAUCUUUCUUUCAGACAUAUUUCAAAGCUUAAAAUUGUCACAAAGUGGAUUGUUUUGUUUUUGUACUGCUGACAUCUGUAAUGUACCUCAUUUAAAAAUGACCAAUUGACUACAAGACUGAUUCUAUAACUUUGCUGUCAAAAUGUUUUACAUUGAUGAAUGAUUGUGUUUUUAUUUAGUAGUGAAUUACUUUUUAAUGCAGAUGUGUUUCAGUCUCCUUUAAUGUUUUUUUCUGUAUUUUUUACAUCUCAGAUCUGUCUCUUUUAUUUGUACUGUGAAAAUCCCAUUUUCUAUGAUGAAUCUUGUUGCAAAAAUGUAGUUUUCUUUUGCGAGUUUGAAAACAUUUA